AUGGCACAGACAGAGCCAGGUACUGCAGAAUCUCACAGAUAAAUAUGUGUUCAUCACUGGAUGUGAUUCUGGAUUUGGGAAUCUCCUGGCGAAGCAGCUGGAACGGCGUGGCAUGCUAGUACUGGCAGCUUGUAUGACAGAGAAAGGGUCAGAGGAGCUGAAGAAGGAGACAUCCCGCAGACUGCAGACUGUAAUCUUAGAUGUCACAGAUAGCCAGAGUGUAAGCUCUGUUGCCAAAUGGGUUACUCAUACGGUUGGUGACAAAG